AAAAAAAAAUAAUAUUUCUGUUGAUGACGAGCAACAUUAAUGUGUAUAUAUUAUAUGAGUAAAAGAAGAUUUUGACGAAAUUCUUAAACACAACCACAAACACACACACACAUAUAUAUAUAAACAUAUGUAUAUAUUGCAUGUGUAGUCGCAAGCUGUGAAUCAAUCGGUAGCAAAAGUGCAAAAUCUUCAAGAAACAACAAAAACAACAACAGCAAGACAAAAACGAAGAAGAAGAUAAACAACGAACUUUCUCAACUCCAAACCCCAACAACAACACCCAACACAGAGAGAGAGAGAGAGAGAGGGAGAGACGGAGAGACAGAACAGUCCAAAGGAAGAGAUAACUCAACAUGGAGAAGCGGUUGCCCCCCUCCAGCAGUGGGAACAGCGCCAAAGCCGCGAUCAUGCGCUGGACAUUGGUUUUUCUCUGUCUGCACUUGGCUGGCGCUAGCGCAGAUGCUGCUGCUGCUGUUCACAGCAUCAGGCGCGGCAGCAGAGAUGCGGGCGAGGGGGGGCCGCAAAGCAUAUGCAUACCCUGCCAUUGUCACGGCCUAACGGUUAUAUGCGACUAUGCGCAUAACAAAUCGCUGUCGCCCAUAUUGGACAGUAGGUACUCGGUGCCGACAAAUAUCAACGGCAUGGAACUGACGCUGACGGAUCGAACUGAAUUUGAACUGCAUGGCGGCCUCUUUCAGCAGAAUCGCGUCAAUCGGUUUGUGGUCAAGGGACCGAAUAUACCCAAUGGCAAUGAUCAGGUGGAAUUAAUAGAUAACGCCUUUCGCGGCAAUCUGGCUGGCUAUCCGGAUCUGCAGAUACUCGGCGUUAGCUCUGUAUUUGUGCGCAACUAUUCGCUCUCAGGUGGUGAGAUCAAGCUACGUGUGGAGAACAGCGAUUUGUUGGUAUUGUUCUCGAAUGCCUUCAUCAAUAUGAACAUGUCGUGCAAUUUUACGAACAUACGCAGUCUGGUGAUAAACGAGAAGUCCUUCAAUCCGAUUCUCAAGUCCUACGUGAACCUGCAUAUCGAAAACGCGCACAUCAAGCACAUCAACAGAUUCGAUGUAUCGAUGAAUAAAAUCGUCUUCAUCAAUUGCACCAUUGGCAGCGUUCAGAGCCAGGCCUUCGAUGUGACCAACAUCAAUCAGCUGGCCUUCGAGAACUGUCGCAUCGGGAAAAUCGAGGAGCGUGCCCUCACCAGCAAACUGUUCAGCGAGCACGUCUCCAUUACGGGCACACAGAUCGGCACCAUCGACAGCAAAGCCAUCAUGGGCAGCGGCAUAUCCAAGCUGACGCUCAAGGAGAAUACCAUUGAUACGAUCAAGGAGGACGCGAUAUUGGUGCACAGCGUCUUUGUGUAUUUCGAAAGGAACUGGAUUAAGUAUCUGGGCGAUAACUGGAUCCAUGUGAACAAUGGCGAGCUAAUUGCGAUCGAGGACAAUCAUUUUGGCAACUUUGCGGCCAUGCAACUGAAUCAGGAUCAACGCAAGCGUACCAAUUGCACGUUCGUUAACAAUUGGCUGGGCAAUCCGCAGCCGAAUAGCCUCAACUUUAGCAAUUGUGAGGUGCGCGCAAUAACCGUGGAUCAUGAGUGCAGCUGUGACGAUGCCAAACGCUGGCUGCCCACGCUGACCGAUCAUGAUCUCAGCUCGGAGCUCUAUUGCCAGCUGGGCAAGCGUUUGGACAGAUGCUUCAAUGCCAGCCAGGUGCAUUUGCGGCGUUACGUGAACGAGGUGUGCGGCAUCAAUCGGACCACGUUGCGCUGCAUUGGCGGUCAUACCAUGAAAUGGUAUCGCGACAAUUUCUAUACGGAACAGGAGCGCGAACAACAAAUGAAGGGCAUCUCGAACGACAUGGUUAUACUGAUUGUAUUCGUUGCCAUAUUGGGCUGCGGCGCGUUUGUGCUCGCUGCGUGUUAUUUGUGCGGCAAAUGCAAAUGUAGACGCCAGCGCGACACUUGCAUUUUGUCGGAUACGGAUCGCAAUAUAUUGGAAAAGGAUCAUGAGAGAUUGUCAAUGCGAUCGGACGAUAGCGUGGCCAAAAAGCUAAUCAAGAAAUUGACCAGCAACAGGCUAACGCCCGAACAAUGCUCGAAUGCGAUUAUGCAGCUGACGCAGCAUUUGAAAAAAUUAUCUGAUGCAUCGAAUCGUGUGCUAGCCAAUCAUAUGGCAACGGCGCACAGUAAAAAAGAUGACGACAAUUAUACACUUGCCAAUCAUCAUCAUCAUCAUCAGCAACAACAUCAUCAUCAGCAACAUCAUCAUCAGCACUCACCGCUGCCCACAGCGCCAACGCACGAAUCAAACGAUCAGGAGCCCAUCUAUGCCGAACCAUUGCUACCCGCACAAUAUUCAUUGCCAUCGGAUCCAAUGGACGCGGCGGCCACCUCCUUCUACUCGGAGCCCUACAAUUCAGAAGCCAAUGCGAGCGAUAUGCCACAAGAUCAGGAGGCUUUGCCGCAGUACGCCCAGUUGCAGCGCCAACCCAUAGUCCAGGAGCGCGCCGUCCGUAGUGUGAGCAAUGUUAGCAAUGCCAGCUAUGCUACGCCCGUUUGGCGUCAAACUGCCGAUGCCACGCCCAUACUGUUAACAACAACAUUCUCCGCCCAGCCGUUAACGCAACGCCAUGCACGCGAUAUGCGUCCAGAUCUCGAGAUGUCACAAUUGCAUCCCAUCAGUCAUCAGUCCAGCUCCACCAACGGCAGCCCGGCUCGCUUUCCCAGCAAUCACAACACCAUGCGAAGCUUUCAGUAUCUGGACGGAGCCGCCAGCCUGGCCGCCAUGGAGGAUAUGGCUGCGCUGCCGCCAGAUUCUGGCUCAAAUCAUUCGGGGGGGAGUGAUGAGACUGUCAAAAUCGACGAAAUAGAAUACGUUGAUGCCUAAAACUAACCAAUAUUAUAACAAAAACACUUGUGAUAACUAAACAAAAACAAUAUUUUAUUUGUAUACCCUCUUUUU